AGCCGGCAGCCCGUCCCCCGGUGGCCGUGUUCGGUACCGGUUGCCCCUGCCGUGCCCUCCCCUCCCCGGGGCCGAGCGACGAUCCGGUGGAUCCCGGGAGUGAGUCACUGAGCCCGGGCCGCCCCACCAUGAAGGACCGACUGGGAGACCUGCACGCGUACAAAGAAAACUAUGAUGAUGAAGUCACUAUUACUGUGGAAAAGGAGCAGUUUAUGGAUGAAUUCUUCCAUCAGGUUGAGGAAAUCCGAGGAUACAUUGACCAGAUUGCGGAAAAUGUGGAAGAGGUGAAGAAGAAACACAGCGUCAUCCUAUCCGCACCGAACCCCGAAGGGAAAACCAAAGAAGAACUUGAAGAACUUACGCUAUCAAUUAAGAGAAUUGCAAACAGAGUCCGAAAUAAGCUGAAGAUUAUAGAACAAAGCAUUAAAACAGAGGACAAUGAAAACCAAAGUUCAGUAGAUUUAAGGAUACGCAAAACUCAGCACUCAACUCUAUCCCGAAAAUUUGCAAAUGUGAUGACUGAGUACAACGAGAUACAAAUCCUGUUCAGGGAACGCAGCAAAGGCCGAAUUCAGCGGCAGCUCGAGAUCACUGGAAGAACAACCACCGAUGAUGAACUGGAAGAGAUGCUGGAGAGUGGUAACCCAUCUAUUUUUACAUCUGAUAUUAUAUCAGACACCCAGAUCACCAGGCAAGCUCUUAAUGAGAUUGAAUCACGGCACAAAGACAUCAUCAAACUGGAAGCAAGCAUACGAGAGCUGCACGAUAUGUUUGUGGACAUGGCCAUGUUAGUGGAACAGCAGGGUGAAAUGAUUAAUAACAUAGAGACAAAUGUGGUAAAUGCUACUGAAUAUAUUGAACGGGCGAAAGAAGAGACAAAAAAAGCAGUUCGAUACCAGAGCAAAGCAAGGCGGAAAAUAUUCUACAUUCUGAUUUGUGUUGUGGUCUUAUUGGUCAUCAUUGCCAUUAUCAUAGGAGUGACCGUCCCAUCGUAGCGACCACCCCAAUGGAGCCAUUCACCAGGAAGACUUACUAACAGAUCCUGCAUUGCUGAAUCAGGCUAAUCAUGCAGCUGAGCCUUCUAAUAUCACCCCCCCCCCCCCUCCCCCUGCCCCCCCGAUCCUCUAAUAUCACCCUCCCUCCCCCCCUCACUCUCUAAUAUUACCCUCCCUCCCUUCCCCCCCUCACUCUCUAAUAUUACCCUCCCUCCCUCCCCCCCACUCUCUAAUAUUACCCUCCCUCUAAUAUCACCCUCCCUUCUCCCCACCCCCACCCUCUAAUAUCACCCUC